AUCCAACAACAUCUGGAUCGCAGUAGCUGGAACGUUGAAACUACCAUUUCUUUAAUGGUUCACGACUCCCUGUCAAACCAACCAUGAAAGCCAACGUGUCACCGACAUCUUCGUGUCGGCGACGCAACGAACCCAAACUUAGCAGAACCAAAAAAAAAAUUAAUAAAAUUGCCCCAAUCUUUCAAUUCAAAGCAUCUUCUACGCCUUCUUCGUCUCUUCUCCAUCAAUUCCAGACAUAUUACAACUCUCUUCCUCUCUCUCAUUCUCUCUGUUUAUUUUUCAAUUUUUCAUUCUUCCCCUGUAAUCCCACCACCACCACCACUAAGGGCGAUUCGAGGCGACGCGAAAUUACAAAAAUGGUGCGCCGUCUCUUCGCCUGCUUCGGCAAGGGCAGUACGACUACGUCGUCAUCAUCAGCGGCUGCCAAUCACAAUGUGACGGUGGACACGACGGCGGAGGAGCAGCAGCGAGGGGGAGCGGUGCUGGUGGAGCUGUUCACUUCGCAGGGGUGCAAGACCUCGCCGGAGGCGGAAAUGCUGGUGUCCCGGCUGGGGAGGGGGGAUUUUGGGCUGGACUUUCCGGUGAUUGUGCUUGCUUAUCAUGUGGACUAUUGGGAUUAUAUGGGCUGGAAAGAUCCAUAUGGGUCGAGCCAUUGGACCGUAAGACAAAAGGCCUAUGUUGAGGCCCUUAAUUUGGAUACUAUGUUUACGCCACAAAUUGUGGCCCAAGGAAAGGCCCAGUGUGUUGGGAAUGAGGAGGAUCCUAUGUUGUCUUUGAUCAAAACUGCACCCAGAUUUCCUAGUCUUGGCUUCCAGGCAACCUUUCAAAGACCAACAUCAGAUUCAUUGCAGGUCUCACUGAAAGGAGCUUUGAGGAGCAAAGUUGACAACAAUGGUGCCAAUGUCAUGGUAGCUCUGUAUGAGAAUGGAUUGGUGAUUAAUUGCCCAAGCGGAGAGAACAAAGGACGUGUUCUAUCCAAUGACUUCGUCGUAAGAAAGCUUGAAAAACUCUGCACUGUCAAAGAUAUCUCUGCCAAGAAGACGGUCUCGGGCACCGUCAACUUCACUCUCUGGGAAAGCUUCAAUAGCAGCAAAUGUGGUGUAGCUGUGUUUGUUCAGAACACUUCUCAUCAAGUGUUUGGUUCGCAGAACUUCCAAUUGCCAGACGAUAUAUGAGAUUUAGACUAUCAUGUACAGGAUUUGUUGCUUGUUUAGGAACUAAUGAUUGAUUGAUUGAUUUUCCUGUUAAUUCUUCUUUCUUAUUACCGUUCAUAUGCUUCGAAGACAGAACGAGAGUCAUUUGAAUUGAAUUUCGUUUUCAAUACAGAUUUGGGUGCUCUUAUGUUAUUUCUCAUUCUGGUUUGGAAAAAAGUAUGCAUUUUCUUUG